UUUUUUCUGUAUCGUUAACUGCAUUUUACGUUUAAAAAUGUUAUCAUUAACAACUGCAGCGUGUUAAGUUGCAAUAUUGCAUUGAUAAAACGUUGUUUUUAAGUGUGAAAAGAGUACAAAUCGAUAUCCACGUAGAAGGUGGUUUAUUUUUUCGCCCUGUAUCGAUCUUGGAUGCAUGUGGGCCGGCGUGUUGUGGGUAACGUGAGAGGAUGUUAGUGGAGUUAUAACACACAAUAAUGUCGAUCGAGGAAUACGAGGGGACUACUGAAAGCGUGGGAAUCUCGCAUACAUUAUGGCACGACAAUUCGUGGUUGCAACCGCGUAGUUGUAUACUCGUAUUAUUGAUACUACUACCUAGGUUGUGCUUACAACUUCUACCAUAACGUCUGCAACUUUCCACUACCCUACAGGACAAACUGUGUAUAAUAUUCAGUUAUAAUGGCUAAAUGUCAUAGGUCAUACCAUGUGCUAUACAUAUUUCCUUUUAGGUUGCUUCUGUAUGUCAUCCAUCAAUAGUGUUUUUAAGUAGCAACAGACCUUAUUUGUGUGUAUGGUUAAGCUUUUUUCAAUUUGGGUGUUGUAAAUUAAUAAGUUUUCUUAACCUUUUGAAUGCCAGAUGGCGAAGGAACAUGCCGUGCGCCGGACGCAGGCGAUCAUGAUUAUCUAAGCGAAAUUGAAAUUUAUGGAGUCCCACUUUAGUCCCUAUUGCAUUGGCGAAACUGUCGGCUGUAGCCGUCGUUGGCAAGUCUUUCAGAUGUCGGCCAUAGCCGACAGUGGCGGUCAAAAGGUUUAAAACUGAAAUAUUCAUCUACAUUCAGUUAUUGAAUUUUAAAAUUAUAUGUCAUUUUCAAUCAAAAGGUUGUUGCUUGUCAAAAGGAUGCCUUGAUAGGUUAUUCAUAUAAAGAUACAAUAAAAAAUGUCAUCCUUAUGGUAAGCGACAAAGUGUUACCUUUUGGUUGAAAAUGAGACGUAUGGUGUGUUAGGUUUGUUAUACCACCUGAAAAAUAUGUAAUAAUUUCAGUAACUCAAAUUUUAAAGUCAUUUAUAAAGUAACAAUAUACACCUAUACUAUCCCCAAUCCAAACUGAAAACAGGGGAUCAUAAAAUACCUCAUUCGCACUUGUUUAGUCGUCGCAGGAGUGAAAGAGGUGGUUAUAUGAUCUUAGUCGUCAUUUUGGAGUGCGGAUAGUAUAAUGUAGUAGAUGGUAAAGUUCGAAUUUCACUUCUUAGCGGCUUAGUCUAUGAUGCCCAAUUGCCGUCCGUCUUUUCAACGGCCACAUAUUCGAAAUCGUUAUUCACAGUGUAUUGCUAUACCAUCUUGCUUACACAUCGGAGUGGCAUACUGAUCCUUAUCAGUUUGAUAAUCGUGUUAGAGUCCUACUAAUCCGAGGGCCACGGAACGAAUGCACGAUCUGAGCGUGCAUGCAUCAUUCAUAAAUUUUUAUUUUUCAUUGAUGUUUGGUGUGUAAGCCGACCCCCAUACAUUUGUUAAUUUAAGCCGGCAUCACACUAUUGCGCACGCUACGUACGCAUGCUCGUUACGCACGCACGUACGGUACGCAACGCGUGCACAAAUGUAUGACGGAUAGCGUGAGCGUCGAGCGUUUCGUAGCCGUGGCGUAGCUUUCAUGCUAAGCGCUACGUUAAGUACCUAUGGCUCUUUUAUUGAUGUCACUGCCAAUUCAGUGCAUACUUAGCGUGGUCGGAGUCUAGCCUUACGAUGAUGUAAAUGCACUAUAACAUACACAAUAAACAUUUUCGAUCUUUUUUUUUUAUAGACAUCAAAUGCACUUCACUCAAAUGUCAGUCACCUUUCAAUACUAACGUCAUUUUUAUAAAAACAUUUUACAAUUUAAAUAGAUCUAUCUUACAAUGCCUAUCGAUUGCCAAAGGUCCACGUCCGGGGGUAAGGGGAACAUCGGUAUGUUCAUAGAGAGAGAUCCUAAGGUCUGCGCUGCUGGUAUACCGACCGCCCAACCUGAUGAUAAGGUCUCUGAUUCUCUCCAACAUUACCUCCUGAAGGAAGAAGCGGAUGCCCUCCUUAGCGACGCCAUCCACCCUCCACAACCUCCAAAACCUUUACCACCUCUCAGACACCCUCCGAAGUUGGAUAUGCGAAAUGCUUGCAACGGACUGGUUUCGCAGCUUGUCAACCCACCACCCAAUACGAAGUAUCAAGUCAUUGCUGAUAAUUUAAAAGAUACGGUGUAUUCUUCUUAUUGGACAAAGACUUUAGCGCAGUCAAAAGACCCAGUACCUAUGCUGCCUGAGGGCUUUGAUAUAGAAGGCACAACAUUCGGUAAGAAGACGAAAUAUCAUGGAAGUUUGUAUGACAUCGUAAUGCCUAAAGUUCCUUUACCUGAUAAGACUCCGCGUGCUAAGCAGUUAGCUAUCCAAACUGAUAGGAAUUACUGCAGGCCUCCUUAUAAUCCAAACUUGACAUACGGGCAUAGAACCGGCGUUGAUAAAAGGGGGAGACAUGCUCGAUGCUGUCUUACUGAUGAUAAAAUCAAGAUUGGUACAAGCGGUCGCGACAUUAUAAACAGUGUUUUAGCUGAUUACCAGACUUUUUCAAAGCCAAUAUUAGGAGAGGCUCUAACACCUUAUAACAAUAUCAAUGAAGUACCCCAAGGACAUGCUUUUGGGAAGAUAGGUCGUCCGGACAGCGUCGCAGAGUGUUUAACGAACUGCAAGAUUAAUCCUGAGAAGCAAUACUUUAAAAAAUGCUUUAAUCAUCUUAAUAAACUUAGAAAGAUGCUAUCAACUCGCUAUUUACCUACUUUCUUCGGUAAUUUUUAUUUGGGGCUUAAAUUCUUUGAUAAAGAACGCACAGGAUGGCUACCAAAAGAAGUGGUUUACAAUUACGCCGGUACAAAAUUCAUAAGAUUCGAUUCAUCGUUGAUAGAACCUCUACUCUUACUCUGGAAUGCUUUUGAUGGGCAGCAGAUAGAGUAUAAAACAUUCGUCCGCGCCUUAAACUACAGAAUACCAUCCGCAGAAACACCCAAGUUACCUGAUUUCCCUGACGCGUGUAUAGAUUAUAGAACAACUUACACAGAGAUGGUAAAGCCAGAUCAGCCUCCUGACUGCUCGCCUAUGGCAGGGGUGCCAUCAGGUAGAUACUUCGACUUGGAUUUCCCGAUAACUCCAGAUUACUACUCAAAGGCCGCUAGGAAUUGUCUUCCUCACGAGACAGACAUGAAGGCCUGCAUAAACCCUAGCGUCAUGACGUUGUUUCACGUGAACCAUAGAGAUAUGUACGCGAAGCGAGAACCAGGCGUCAUUCGACGGGUGUUCGAGAAGAUCGGGGAACAGUUCACUGAUGAGAGUUUUAAUCAGAUAUGGGAAGAAGCGAAGAAGUAUCAUUCUGAGGGUUGGGUGUGUUUCGAGACUUUCAGACGCGCUUUGGAGGCGGAACGACCUUGUUCCAAGGAUUAGGACUUUUAAGUUCGUUGUGACAUUUCAAUAGAUUAAUCGAUUCUGUCACGUAUUAGAUAAAGCUGAUAUUGACGACUCUGCCUUUAAAAGUCGGACCAAGCUAAUUCUCCAUGGCAUAUGCAAUAAAUUACAGUGUGGCAAUGUCAUUAUUGAAGUAAAUUCUGACAGAUUUCUAUAAAAAUAUUACGUUCAUAAUGACACUCCUCACUAAGUUUUAUUUAUGUCAGUGCAAAGUUAGGUUAGACGGGUUAAAUAUCUAAAUUAUACUACAUAUUAAAUCUUAAUAAUAGUUAUUGUAUUUAUGUAACUAGUCCAGUUCAUCGUUUACUAUUUGAAUCGACUGGACUAAAAGUGUCCCUGGAUUCAUUUCAUUUCAUUUAUUUCAUUUUAGAUUAUUUUCUAUUUUAGAUUAUUUUUUUAUGUGUUUUAGUUUAUAUUUAAUUUUGAUGUUAUUAUUAUUUUUAAAUUAAUUUACUUUCGACGCAUUUAAUUGAUAUGUUAUUAAUUAUUAUAAUGUUCGUUAUAA